AUGAAUCUACUGUUCCCAAUUGCCCUUUUGCUUGUCAAUUGGAGCAUUGACUCCACUGACCCGGAGGUGCGGCAGGCUAUCACCUAUCUCUUCAUUCUGGUGCACGUGAUACUUUUCGCCGUGGCGAUUUAUCUCUUCGGCCGCAUUUUGGUCCGCAAUGACACCCGUGCGUUGCAGGUGACGGACUCGUAUUCAAAUGAGGUCCAGCAGAUGACCGUGGCGGACUACGACUUUUCCAAGUGGCGCGCUUUGUUUUUUAUGAAGCUGCUGUUACCACUCGUGGUGGGCCAGUUCGUGGCGUCGCGGUGGGAGACGCCCUUCCCACUGCUGCUGCAGUGCGCCAUGAACCCUGUCACGAUGUUUCGUUCCCCGCUCUUCCAGCUUCACGUGCUGGAAAGGCGGGAGGAGGGCGACUUUGUGCGCCCCUGGAAGGAGGAAUCCGCCGUGCCAGCGUGGCUGCAGCAGAUGUGGGACACGUUCCAGGCGAAUGAGUCGGCCACGAACUCGGGCUCACCAACACUAAAGAACAAGAGGCGGAGGUUGUAA